AUGUCACAGUCAGAAUCAACAGUGAAGACAGCAUCGACAACAAAAAAACGGUUUCAUAUUGGUAUGAUGUUAAAUCAAGUUUUUAAAUUGUUUAUACCUUCAAAUAAUACUCAAGAGGAAAAUUCUAAAGCUAAAAAUGUUGCUGAUUUACCAGCAAUUUCUGUAACAUCACCUGAUGGACAAACAACUAUGGUCGAAUAA